CCUGGGGGAGGCCAUUUCCCUCCUCACGUCCGUUGCCUCGGCGCCUUCCCUGGGGGUUCCGGAACAGUCCUGUGGAGCAAGAUGGCCAACCUGGUGACCGACUCGGUGCCGAGGGGCACCCUCCUCAGCGCGUUGGAGGAGAAGCGGAGGCAACAGAUGAAGAAAUACCUCCUGCAUCGGCUGUUCUUUGUGGCCAUGUUGAGGGAAGAGGUCCUGGAUGGAGAGAUCACAGCUUACCAUGAGCAACUUUUCCAGAGGAUUCAAAAGUUCCACCUGGGAGAACCAGCCUCGGGCGUCCUCCUGAUCUAUUCCCGCUGCAUUCUCCACAUUCUUGAGGCAUCCAGUGGCACUCUCUACCACAUCCUCACAGACCUUGCAGCCUUGGAAAAGCAGGGGCCCAAGGCUUUGUUGCAGGAUGUUAAGAUAGUGGUGAUGUCUCAUAACAUCCCCACCAGGUUGUUCACACAGUGGUACACGACGACGGUGGACGUUCCGGUUACGCUUGAAGAUGUGACCCAGAGCCAGACUACGGAGGAAGUCAUUACCGAGGCUUUGUUGCAGGAUGUUAAGAUAGUGGUGAUGUCUCAUAACAUCCCCACCAGGUUGUUCACACAGUGGUACACGACGACGGUGGACGUUCCGGUUACGCUUGAAGAUGUGACCCAGAGCCAGACUACGGAGGAAGUCAUUACCGAGUGCCUGACGCUCAUCCUCAAACUGGGUGUCUACCUUGCAACCCUCAAGGUGGGCAAUAAAGGCCUGAGCGAAUGUCUUCACAAUGUCGUCCCCGAACUGCUGGUUCCGGCUGAAACCAUCCAGUGUUUGUGCAGAGCAAAAGAAUGCCUGAGUCCUGCCCAAUUUCUGGAGAUGUACAGCAACCCCCUGCAGCCCAGCAUGGAUUCAGAAACAGUGUGGCCCACUCCUGCUCAUAUGUUCAAAUGACACGCUCUGGAACUUCCUUGAAGAACCGCAGUCUGGAGGGAGCCCCGGUCAGUGAAGGAGCACCCCGAAGGAGCUGCAAUGGUUGAAGGUUAUGUGGCAGAGUUGGUGCAGAACUUCCCACUCUUCUGGCCGUGACACAAAAGACCAAGAGACCAAUAAACUGGUCUGCAAAGCCUGCCGUUUACUACUCCCUGAGUAUUCACAUCCACCAAAGGGACUUGUGCAAGGUGCAUCUUCUGUCGAGAGUGCUCACACUAUAUAAAGGUGGGCACAUUCACAUUUGAAUACACCACGGUUUGUGUUCAUCACUGUGAUUCCUCACUUAAACCUCCUACCGUGUAGCAACCCGAUGCAGAUGUGUCUCCUCAACUUCUGGUGUUUUUUCCCUCCAUACAUCACUUUCUGAUUCAAAAUGGACAAGUAGGAAAAUCAACCAGGGACAAACCACAGUCGUGAGGUCGUGGCACACCAUGGUUCAAACAAGCUGGCCUUUAUGAACCAACAACAAGCCACGGCUAUAAACUGUGGUUUGCAGCAGGAAGACAAACGAUGACCCCCUUGGCAGAGACACAUUUGUGCAUUGCAACAAACCAGGUUAUGAUGCCUUCAUGCAGACAUUCAAGGGCGUUCCCUGAUCAGUCAGGUCGGUCUGGGAGAGGAGCCUUGUAGCCCCAGAGGGAGGGAUGAGGGUGUCAGGAUGUUUUGCGGGGCAGGAAGGAGAGCUCCUUUUUCUUCUCUUACUCCAAAACCUGCUGCUGAUCUGCUAAACAGAUCAGAUCAUUUUCAAACUAGAAUCCCAGGCUGCCUGGACAGGCAAACAGCCUAGUCUGGUGGAACACAGCAUCCUUUUGUGGGAGAUUGCUCCCAUCAGUCAUGCCCUACUUCCAUAUUGUUGCUCUGUGCUGUCAAGUGGCGACCCAUGGCAAUCCCAUGGAUGAUUGAUCUCCCAAAUGUCCCUUGCUUUUCCCCAACCUGAGAGUCCCAUCUUCCAGCACUAUCUCUUGUUUCAUUUUGCACUGUCCCAGCCAUCUAGUCGCUUCUGGCUCAGGGCGACCCUGUGAAUGAGGGAAUCUCCAAAAUACACUGUCCUUGAUGGUGCUGCUCAGCUCUUGCAAACUCAAACUUGUGCUUUUCUUUAGGAAGUCAUACUAUCUGGUCUUUCUCUAUUCCUGCUGCCUUUAUUAACCCCCAUAUUACUCAAUUCAAUAUCCUCUUCAUGCUAGAAGCCGCCUAUCAGUCUGUUCUGGGAGUGAAUAACCAUUAUUUUGACCAACGCUUAUACUUCUGUGUCCCAGCGCCAACACUUUAGUAUUUUGUCAUCAUCCUUCUUUUCAGGUGG